AUUUCUUGACAAAAUCUUCCAAUAGUUUAAGAUAAGUAAACCUGAGUCACCGAAUUCGGAAUAAUCUAUCGAUGAUUUUCAUUGAUUAUCAAUCGGAUAUUACAUGCUGUAUUUCGCUGAUUCAGAUAGAGGGAAAUUAUAGAUUUUAUUUUUUUUUAGUUAGUAUUGAACAACAAAUUACGUAGUUAGAAAUUGGUGACUGACAAUUCUGCGGGUUAUUUAUCGAUUAGUUUAAUCGGAGUUCGGUGAAAGACGCCGUAAUAAUAUUCAUAAUUGCUCCCAUGUGAUCGACUGGACGUAUAAUUAAGUGAAUCCGACGGUGCAGCAUGAGUUCAACAACAGAAAUUGCAAACAGCGACAUGUAUUAUGAUACAACCAGUUUUUACAUUGGUCUAGGAUUAGCGAUUAGUUCUAGUGGUUUUAUAGGUGCCAGUUUUAUCAUAAAGAAGAAAGCUCUGAUUCAACUCCAAAGGUAUGGGGUACGCGCAUCAUCUGGCGGUUUUGGCUACUUGAAAGACUGGAUGUGGUGGGCCGGACUGUUGUCCAUGGGUAUAGGAGAGGCGGCAAAUUUUAUCGCAUACGCGUUUGCGCCAGCGUCGCUUGUAACGCCACUGGGUGCACUGAGUGUUCUAGUAUCAGCGGUAUUAGCGUCCAAGUACCUCAAUGAGAGAUUGAACCUAUUAGGAAAGAUAGGUUGUUUACUGUGCAUCUUAGGUUCUACCAUAAUAAUAUUGCAUUCUCCCAAAGAGGAAGAAGUCAACAGCUUGAGCGAAUUGAUCGUCAAAAUAAGGGAACCGGCAUACGUGUCGUACGUUCUUAUCGUAAUAAUAUGCACCCUGUCAAUUGUAUUUCACUUCGGUCCCGCAUACGGCAAGCAAAAUAUUUUGGUAUACAUCUGCCUGUGCUCGUCCGUCGGCUCACUGACCGUCAUGAGCUGUAAGGGUCUGGGUUUAGCGCUGAAAGAGACUAUCUCUGGCAAAGAGAACGCAUUUGUCAACUGGCUGACGUGGAUCUUCAUAUUCAGUGUCAUUCUCUGCAUCAUGGUGCAGAUGAAUUAUCUGAACAAAUCGCUGGAUUUGUUCGACACGUCGAUCGUUACGCCAAUCUACUACGUUUUCUUUACGACCCUCGUGAUAAUAGCUUCCGCACUUUUAUUUCGGGAAUGGGAGAAAAUGAGCGUGGAGGAUACUCUCGGUGCUUCCUGCGGUUUCCUCAUCGUCAUAGUCGCGAUAUUCCUGUUGAACGCCUUCAAAGAAAUGGAUGUGCACUUCGGCAAUAUCAGACACAUGUUGAGGCCCAAAAAGGAAAUAACAUUGAAUUACAAUUCAAAGUGGGACUCUGGCAACGAGGAAAGGAUGACAACUCAAGUGGAGUCUGAACAUUUGCUCAAUCACACUUACAGCAAUUCAAACUUCACUAGAACCAUCUGAGAGCUGUUCUCGUUGAGAGAUGUACGUGCAUCCGAUAAAAUAUAAUUUAACAAAUUUGUACAGUACCUUAAAAAAGUCAAGAUUGUAUAAUAUAAUUUAUUAUUUCUCCCGCU